GACACUGGAGCUGGGGCCAUGUAAUGUAAGUUAGUUUGGAGUUGGCACACGUGCCUAGCCAAGCUAAGGCCAUGGCUCACUCAGCAUAUGUUAGUUAUGGAGUCUUUAAGUUUUGUACAUAAUAUGUUUAGAAGAAUGAAAGUAUUAAUAGAAGCUGAAACUAGUCGUGUCAUAAGGACCUGGUAGAAAGAAGAACCAAUACUGUCACACAAAUAUGGAAAUUUAUCAUGGAUGCAUAACAGCUAGAGGUAAAUUUACCCUCCUAUCAAAUUAGUGAUCGCUGUUUUUAAAUUCUUUGGAGUGUGAAACUAAAAUAUGAAACAAUUACUGGCAUGGGUGAACAUUAUAUAUUAUGUAAAAACCUAAGACUGCAGCAUUGUUUAGUUAACCGGAUUUACUCUAAACAAAGUUACGUGUAGGUCUCGUUUGGACAUGCCUCUGUGCGUUUUAUGAAAAAGUGCUACGAUUUUAUGAAUGUUAAUGUUACUGGCGCUAUCGUCAUUUCACUUCUUCUUUUCGGGUGACAUCGCAGUCAAUCAUUUCCAGGCGGUAAACUAUUUUCACAUCAGAAAUGUUUUAGCUUCGAAACAGAUAAGAUGAUUGAAAAAGCGGGAGUAGCUAUGGUAAAAACCAAACCUUACCGGUUAAAGUGGAAGAAUAACUUGGAGUUUUUACUGUCCCUUAUUGGAUAUAGUGUAGGAUUGGGUAAUAUUUGGAGAUUCCCGUACCUAUGUGCCUUGAACGGCGGAGCUGUGUUCCUUAUUCCGUACGCCAUAUUCAUGUUUUUAGUGGCGUUUCCACUAUCAUUUUUGGAACUGUCAAUUGGUCAGUUUUCUGGUAAAAGUACAUACGAUGUGUGGGAUAUCUGUCCAGCAUUCAGAGGUUUAGGAGUAGCAAUGAUCGUCGUCACAGGCAUCCUUUGUUUAUAUUAUACCAUGAUCCUAGCCUGGAUUUUAUACUAUCUGUUUCAUUCCUUUAUGUCACCGUUACCAUGGACGACCUGUGGCAAUUGGUGGAAUACAGACACGUGCUUUGUUCAUCAAUACAGAACCGACAAUUUUACCAGCACUGGUGGGAACCACACCAAUAAUCUUACAAGCAGUUUACGUAAUCUCGUCCAAUACGCAACAAACUAUUCAUCAUUGAUGAAUACAAAUGUUUCUUCGACGCAUGUGAAUAUUUCAACCAUUGGUCUUACUGCACCUGAAGAAUUUUGGAACUACAAUGUAUUAAGGAUGUCAACUGGAUUAGAUGAUUUAGGCAGUAUGCAAUGGCAACUGGUUGUUCCACUUAUAAUUAGUUGGAUAAUUAUAUUUCUCUGUAUAAUAAAAGGUGUCAAAUCCGCUGGAAAGGUGGUAUAUCUGACAGCUAUAGCACCGUACAUCAUUAUUACAAUCAUUUUAAUUAGAGCCGCUACCUUGCCUGGUGCCAUAGAUGGUGUAAAAUUCUACAUAAUUCCUGAUUUUAGUAAAUUAGCUAAUCCUCAGAUGUGGGUACAGGCGUUGAUGCAAAUAUUUUAUUCAGCGGGGAUGGGGUGGGGAGGAUUUAUCACAAUGUCUAGUUAUAAUAAAUUUGAUAACAAUGUUAUGAGGGAUACCAUCAUUUUUUGUAUUGUUGGAGAAGGUACAAGUUUUUAUGCUGGUUUUGUGGUAUUUUCUAUCCUUGGCUUCAUGUCCCACCAAACUGGUCUAGACAUAGCCGAGAUUAUCCGUACAGGACCUGGUCUAGCUUUCAUUGCUUAUCCAGAAGCACUUAGUCAGCUACCAAUACCUCAAUUAUGGGCGGUAUUAUUUUUCUUGAUGCUUGUUUUUGCUGCACUGGAUUCAAUGUUUGUUAAUGUGGAAGUAUGCGUAACGGCAAUAACAGAUUUGAUCCCCAAAUCAACUCCAAAACUACGCUUAAUGAUUACAGCAGUCACGUGUUUCCUGAUGUGUUUGGUUAGUUUGAUAUUCACAUCUCAAGCAGGAAUAUAUAUAUAUCAGCUUGUAGAUUGGUAUAUGUCAGCCGUUAUAGUCUUUCUAAUAACAGUUCUGGAGGUUAUAAUUAUUGGAUGGAUAUACGGAGCGGAUCGUUAUUUUGGUGAUAUGGAAAUGAUGCUAGGAAAGCGGCCAUUGUUCCUGUUUAAGAUUCUCUGGAAAUUUAUAAAUCCUUUAAUUCUAUCUGUAAUUCUUGUAUUUACUCUAGUUCAAUAUCAACCACCCACUUAUGGAGACUAUGUGUAUCCACCAUAUGCUAGUGCUAUAGGAUGGAUUAUAGCUUUAAUAUCUGCUGUACCUAUACCUAUAUGGAUGAUCCGAGAAUUCAUUACUAGAAAAGGUCCAUUGUUACAGAGAAUAAAAUUAUCAUUUCAACCCAAUGAAAAGUGGGGUCCUGCCAAAGAUUAUAAACUGGCAAUACAAUCUGAUUGUAAGGAACUACAGAGUAUGAAAUCUUGAAAUAGUACCAUCUUCAUUCAGAGAAUAAAACCAUCGUUUUAAAGUAAUAAUAAAAGAGAGUCUGUACAGGAUUAUAAACGGACUAUAAUCUUAAAAUCAUGUAUUCAGAUGCUUAAACAGAAUAUGAAAAUUAGAAUUCUCUGUUUUACUUUCAUACGAUUCUAUGUGGCGACAAAAUACCAUAAAGGACGCGGUUAAUAACAGAAUACACAACGCCGUGUACUGAUUUUAAAAUGUUCGUUGUGUCUUAAAUAUGGGAUAUUAGGAUCCCAUAUUUUCACGAUAAGAUAUUGAAUUCUACAUUUAAUUCGUGUUUUUAAUUUCGAAUAUUAUGAAUAAUAUUGAGUUAAAAGUUUAGCUCUUUUAAAUUAACAGUAGUGAACUUAAACCUAUAAACCUCCUAAUUAUUACAGGAGUACGGGUUCUUCACGAUAUUACAUUUA